UCGGCCGCUUGAUGUUCAAGUAUCUGAUUCUCUCAUCAUGGCUAGAUUCCAGGAAGGAUAUUUCACAGUCGAAGUGAUCCUUGCCGCUCGCCGUUGCCGAGGUCCUCUGCGUUGCAACAACUUGAAUCCUGACAACGAUAAUUUUGGAUCUGGAUGGAAAUAUCUCGUCAAAGUUGUAUCGUGUUCAUUCGACGCGACACAUUCUGGCUGGUUCUGAGCUGAUACGACAUAUCUGUAGUGGUCCGGAUAUCCAGACGCCGAUAAUUCAUGGGAGCCACAUGAUGCGUUCCGUCGCUGCCAGAGCGAGAUCGUCGCCUUUUGGGAUGAAGUCGGACGAGAGUUCUUGAACGCAGGUUGCACCAAUUCCGACUUGUGGGAUUUCGAACUGAGACCCAGAAAGGAAUGGAUAGAGAAACAGCAGUCACUAACAAGCAGUCCACAACUUUAACUGUCAAUACCCAACUAAAAUCUGUAUCUGAACAUUGUAACGAUUUCCGUCACGGUAGAGCAUAAAUACUUGAACUCAUACAACUGAACGAUCAUGCACGUCUUCAUUGGAAUGAACACCUGCCAGACUAGUUGCCAGACUAGUUGUUUUGCUGCUUCCCGAGAGGAGCUACCGUAACCAGCUACGCACCGAAGCCUAAGACCCAUCCCCGGUCAGACUCGCUAGAGCCGUUCCUGCGAUGUCGUGUCGUGGAGGGCAUCAUGAACUGAGGUAACGGUGCAAGAACGGUAUUUAUCAGCGAUACAGUCCUGAAUGGGCGUUGGACACAUAAUCUUCUAGAUACCACUAGUCGUCGA